CUAUUCGUGUGCAAGUGGUUUGCACGCGGAUCUAUGCACACGGCACUCUUGUUAAUUAUCUCGCUAUAUAAUAAUAGUACAUCAUUCACGAACACUCAUUCAUUGAACGAUCACAAGUACUAGUGAAUCUUUUAUCUCAGAUCAAGACCUUUUUUUAAACUAGUUUAACAACAUGUCUUCUGCUUCAGAGUCAUCUUGCUGCAAUAAAAUGAAAACUUCAACUGUCACGAAGAUGUGCAAACUGAAAACUGCUGAGGGAUUGGUAGACUGUGAAUGCAUCUGCAAGUGCACCCGCGAUGUACCCUGCAAAUGCAAUGGAAAAUGCGAUGGCGAUUGCAAGAGUUCCGAAUGUGCAUCUUGCAAUUGUGAAUGCGAAUGCACUAUGGAAACUGCGAAACUUGGUGAUGAUGGAAAAUAUCGUUGUGAAUGUGCCUGUGUUUGCUGAAUAUUUUAUAAAACAUUUCCAGAAAUGAAUAUAAUACUUUCUCAUAUCCUUUUAAGUAAGACUGUAUAAUGAGCAUGAUAUUUUUUUAAUAAAUCAAUUUUUCAUAUUG